AUGAAGCUACGGCUUCAGCAAGUCCAACAGGCUCAACAGGAAGAGAACCAGUCCAAAGAUAACAUGGAGGAAGAAGGGGAUAGUCAACGGAGAGGAACCCCUCAUAGACGAACUAUUCCGGACGAGCAAAACUCGGACCUCCUUCGAGAAAUGAGAAAGGAAAUGGACAAGCUGAGGAGCGCCAUUAAAGAAAAGACGGACCGAAGCGUGGACAAAAUGGUAAGAGCUACGGAUUCACCCUUCACCGCCGCGGUACUAGAAUGCCCUAUGCCUUCAAAAUUUCGCUUACCUCAGCUUGAGCCAUUCGACGGGCUAAAGGACCCCCAGGAUCACCUUAAUACCUUCAAGACGACUCUGGGACUUCAACAACCACCUGACGAGAUACUGUGCCGUUCCUUCCCGACAACUCUCAAAGGAGCUGCAAGAGAAUGGUUUACUAAGUUACCAAACUCGUCCAUAGACAACUUCGAUCAGCUGAGUAGUGCCUUCUUGCGCCACUUCAUAGGGGGACAACGCCCAAGGAGACCAGUAGACUACUUACUCACCAUAAGACAGGGAGAGAAGGAGACUCUAAGGUCAUAUGUCAAGCGAUUCACCCGGGAAACUCUGGAGGUAGACGAAACUGAUGACAAAGUACAGCUGACGACUUUCAAAGCAGGGUUGAGAUCCAGAGACCUCGUGGCCUCUCUUGCAAAGAACCCCCCAAAGACGAUGGCGGAGAUGCUCCUGAAGGCACAAAAGUACAUGAACGCGGAAGAUGCCCUAGUUGCCAUAAAAGAUACCGAGAGGCCAGGAGACAAGGCCAAGAGGGAAGACGACCAUAGGGGGCAAAAGAGAGACAGACCAGAUCGUCGGAACAAUGACGGGAAUAGGAGGAAGGACGAUAAAAAUCCUCGGACGAUCAAGGACGAGCACUAUCUCAAAUGGCCCAGGCCAUUACACUCAUCCCCCAACGUACGUGACAAGAACAAGUAUUGCCGGUUCCAUAGAGACCACGGCCACAACACAGAAGAUUGCAGAGACCUGAAGGAGCAAAUAGAGGAAUUAAUACGGAAAGGGAAGUUACAGAAGUAUGUAAAGAAAGGAGAAUAUAGCAAGUUCAGAGACAACAAUAGGACCCAGCGUGAAUCCUUCACUCGAGAGGACGACCAUCCGUCCCAGCCUCCACGCAAAGUGAUCGGGGAGAUAAACACGAUCACAGGAGGACCAUUCUCAGGAGGAUCAUUUAGAUCACUCAGAAAAGCAUACCAUAGACAGGUGAACAACGUCCACACCAUGCCUCCGUCCAAGCACCGACGAACAUGCCAGGACAUGUCCUUCAGUGAAGGAGACGCCAAGGGAGUAAAGCAGCCCCACAACGAUCCCCUGGUCAUAAUGCUGAAUAUAGAAGGGUUCAAUACCAAAAGGAUCCUUGUUGAUAACGAGAGCUCAGCGGACAUCAUCUACUUCCCAGCCUUCCAGCAGCUGAGAUUAGAUCCAAAAAGGCUUCGCCCUUUUGACUAUCCACUCGUCAGCUUCAGUGGAGACAGGGUCUACCCCAGGAGUAUAGUGACACUGACGGUGACGGCAGAGACCUACCCAUUGCAGUUGACCAAACAAGUAGACUUCCUGGUGGCCGUACUGGUAGGAAAGGAGAACCACACGUGGACGAUUGAAGAAAAAGAGGAAAACGGGAUGGAGACCUUGGAAACAGUGGAAUUGGUAGAAGGAAAUGCGGACAAGACGACCCAGAUAGGGACGACGCUAAGUCCCGAGAUGAGAACAAGACUCAUAAAGUUCCUUAAAGAGAAUCUAGAUGUCUUUGCAUGGAGUCAGGAGGACAUGCCAGGCAUAUCUCCAGAAGUCAUCCAGCAUAGGUUGAAUGUGGACCCCAGCAGGAAGCCCGUUCAGCAACGACGAAGAACCUUUGCCCCAGAGCGAGAUCAGGCAGUUGCAGAGGAAGUAACCAAACUCUUGACGGCUGGAUUCAUCCGGGAAGUAUAUUAUCCUGAAUGGCUUGCCAACGUCGUCCUGGUAAAGAAAGCGAACGGAAAAUGA